AUGACAGAUAGAGUUACAAAAAGAGAUAAUUAUUUACCUUUAUUAUCUUUAUUUAUUGCAACCUUUUUAUUGGUUGCUGGUACUAGCCACGCCCUCAAUUUAGUAAACAUGAGAGACUUGUAUCUCCAUGCCAACUUGACUAUCCCAAUGUCUCAAUGUCAAGCGGCUGCUGCUUCUGCUCAACAUUAUGCUACUUGCGGUUGCCCAUAUGUAUGGGGUGGUACACAAUGUGGAUGUGGUGGCAGUGGAGGUAUGGAUUGCUCCGGUAUUGUUUAUACAUCAUACAACGAAGCUGGUUGGUCUGGAAUUACUAGAACCACUACCACUCAAGUCAACCAAGGUGUUGCCUGUGGUGGUGGAGGUGGUUCAAGUGCCGUCUCUAGUUCUGGAAGCAGUGCUACUUCUGGAGCUGCCACUUCAUCUGGUGGUUCAUCUGGUGGCUCAUCUGGUGGCUCAUCUGGUGGCUCAUCUGCUUCAUCUGCCUCAUCUGGUAAUUCAGCCUCAUCAGCUACAUCCGCCUCAUCAGCCUCAUCAGCUGCUUCAUCAGCUUCAUCAGCUUCAUCCGCCUCAUCCGCUUCAUCCGCUUCAUCAGCCUCAUCAGCCUCAUCAGCCUCAUCCGCUUCAUCUGCUUCAUCUGCUUCGUCAGCCUCAUCUGGUAAUUCAGCUUCAUCAGCAUCAUCAGGUUCAUCUGGUUCAUCAGGUUCAUCUGCUUCAUCAGGAUCAGGUUCAGCAAGCACCUCUGGAACCGGCUCUGGUUCGGGUUCAGGCUCUGGAUCAUCUGAACUCCAAUUGACUGGCAAUUGUUCACCAUCUGACACCUCUGGCUGCACUGUUGGUGAUUUGUUCUUCUACUGCUUCUCAGAUGGGAGCCCUUGCCCUAAUCAUGUAGUCAUGUACAUUGGCAAUAACCAAGUUGCUGAAUGUCCAACCACCGGAGAAAACUGUCAUGUCAUUACUCCAUACUCUGAUAGUUAUUACACUUGUAGAUCAAUGUGCGGUUAA